AUGACAUUUGCAACCGUUGUAUCACCCCGUCACAAUCUGCUGGCCCUGUCUUGUUCUUUGUGCUGGCUCUGGUUCCAUCUCUUCCAAUUCAACCAAUCCUACUCCGUGCAUGAAGAUGUCAUGAAUAAAUCAUGGCGUCCUGUGCCAUCUGGGCGCAUUAGCGUCAAGGAUUCUCGUACCUUACGCUGGGGACUCUUGAUUUUUUGCUUGGGCCUUUCAUCCCUUUUCAGCUCAAACGUGUUUAUAACCAGUGUAGUGGCCACUGUGCUGAUGAUGGCGCCCGACGACUUUAAUCUCAGCUGCCAUCCCAUUUUCAAAAGUUUGUGCAACAUAGGAUUUUAUAUGACGUUCGAACUCGGUUCUUCGCUAGUCAUGUGUAGCAUAAAAGCACUUUACUCCAGCGCGCUUGACAUACUUCUGACAGUUCAUGCACAGGAUUUCGCGGAUGUCAAUGGUGACCGUAAUUCAGGACGACGAACGCUGCCGAUUGUGGCGCCUGAAGGAUCUCGCAUCUAUAUGAUUUGUGUUCUUCCACUGCUUUCCUUUGCACUGGCCUCAUUUUGGAGCCUGGGGCCUCUGCAGCGUAUGGCUCAUGGUCGUCCUUAUUUUGCCAGCUAA